UCAUCAAAAUACGAAAUCAAGUAGCUCAUAAAAAGUUCAUUGAAUUUUUGCAUUUCUUCAAAACAUUUCCAUAUGGAACGAUAAGCUGGAAGGCAAAUUUGUCAUAACACAUUUUUUUCUUAUAAAAACCUUUUAAAGAGUUUAUGUGCCAUCAGUUAUUUCCAAAGAUUUGUAAAAUAUACAGCUGAGAGUGAUUUAAAGCAACCUACAAUGAAGUGCAUCGCAUCUGUGGCAUUAAUCCUGGCUUUGGCUGUCUCAUGUCAAGGAUAUAGCUUCUUUAUACCAGCAAAAAUUGGUAUGCCCGGAGUAUGCAUGUACAAUGGAAUAAUGCUAAAGCGUGGUGACAAUAAUGUGAUGAAUUCAUGCCAAAACAUGCGCUGCAAUGAGGAUGGAUCCAUUGUAGUACAAGGAUGCGGUCAUUAUGAUAUGCGCGAUUGUAAGGUUCUGGACCCCAUGAAUUUACACAAACCUUAUCCGGAUUGUUGCCGCAUGAAUUUCCUGUGCACCAUGGCCAAUGGAGAAGUGGUAAAUCGUGAAAUUCAACCUUUGGAAACUGGUAUAUAUGCUUAAUUUACUAGAUUUUAAGUAAAUUUUGAAACAUUUGUAAAGGAGAUAAUUAAGGAGGAAUAAAAAUGUUCUGUUCAUAUAUUA